AUGGAUGACACCCAUUUUAACUCAGCUGGCGUCCCCGAGAAUGCUCAGCAGGGUUCUGGUUUAGAUCGACUAUCGGCAACCCGCGACGCUUCCGAGACCCAAUCGCGUCAAGACUCACCUGCCAGAAAGACCGAAGGCGCCGGUGGAUCCGACGAUCCUCUCGACGCCCCCGCCUCGCCCAAACCUCAGAAUGGCGGUGAAUUGGAAGAUGAGGAGAUGGGUGGCCUGGAAGAUGCCGUGGGCGAAGCGCACCCAUCAGGGGAUGGUGCAGAUGGCUUGGAGGAUGCCGUAGGGGAAGAUCAGCCUGCGCCUACUAAGUCCUCCCUCGAGGCUGCUGCGCGCGAACAACUCGUCACUCAAACACAUGCGAUCAUCCUCCCCAGCUACGCCACAUGGUUCGACAUGAAUACUAUCAAUCCGAUCGAGAAGAAAGCUCUCGCCGAGUUCUUCAAUGGUCGCAACCGCAGCAAGACCCCUGCAACUUACAAAGACUACCGCGACUUUAUGAUUAACACCUACCGAUUGAACCCCAUUGAGUACCUGACUGUCACGGCUUGUCGCCGUAACCUUGCAGGUGAUGUGUGCGCGAUUAUGCGUGUCCACUCAUUCCUCGAGCAGUGGGGCUUGAUCAACUACCAGGUCGACCCUCAGACUCGACCCUCCAAUAUUGGACCGCCAUUCACCGGUCACUUCCGAGUGAUUGCUGAUACCCCACGCGGACUGCAACCAUUCCAGCCAGGUCCAAACCACAGCGUCACAUCUGGCAAGGCUCUUCCAGCUACUCAGCGCGCGGCCUCUUCCACCCCUGCAUCAAAGGACGAUCUGAACUUCGAACUGCGUCGCACCAUUUAUGACGACAAGGGCAAGGAUGUUACACCGGCCGAUGAUAAGGAAAGACAAACCAACGGCGAAUCAAGCAAUGGCUUGGAUAUCGCCCGGGAGUCUAAAAAGAAGGCACACUGUUUCUCCUGCGGUAUCGAUUGUACCAAGCUCCGAUUCCACUACGCCAAAUCAACUUCCACCUCAGCCAAUGCCAACACACCAGACACCAAAUAUGAUCUGUGCUCUAACUGUUUCCUGCAAGGAAGAAUGCCCUCCAGCCACAGUGCCUCGGAUUUCGUUAAGCUUGAGGACAAGGGCCACUCUCAAGUUCCCGGCAAGGACGCUCCGUGGGCCGAUUCGGAAACUAUUUUGUUGCUCGAGGGUCUUGAGAACUUUGACGAUAACUGGGAGCAGAUUGCGAACCACGUUGGCACACGGUCUCGGGAAGAGUGUGUUAUGAAGUUCUUGCAGUUGGAGAUUGAGGACAAGUACGUCGAGGAUAUCCCCGAGCUGCGCUCUGGCGGCGGACGCGACCCUAUCAGCCAGUCCGAAAACCCCGUGCUGUCUGUGGUCGCAUUCCUGGCCCAGAUGGCCGAGCCCGCAGUUGCCGCUGCCGCGGCCGGACGUUCCGUCGAAGAAAUCCGCAAGGAGCUCCGCAACCAACUGGAGAAGGGAGGAGACAAGGGCAAAGAUGCAGUCAAGACCGAGGACUCCAUGGAUGUGGAUCCUUCUCGUGCGGCUGAGCAAGCCAGCGACAAGCCCAAGGAAUCACUCGGUACCAUCGCACUGGCUGCCUCUGCUGCCCGCGCUGGAGCCCUCGCUUCCCACGAAGAGCGUGAAAUGACCCGUCUGGUGUCCGCCGCAGUCAACGUCACUCUGCAGAAAUUCGAAGUCAAACUCCAGCAAUUCAACGAGAUGGAAGAAAUCAUCGAGGCUGAGCGCCGCGAACUCGAACAGGCCCGCCAGCAGCUCUUCCUUGACCGCAUGACCUUCAAGAAGCGCGUGAAGGAAGCCCAGGAUGCCCUCCAGACCGUCAGCCUGCAAGGUCCCAGCGAGCACACAAAUCAGAUGCUUGCUGACGCCGCCACCACCGGCAUUGGUAACCACUACAGCUUCCAGCCUGUUGGCGGUGACAUGCGCGCAGGAACCCAGCCUUUAAGCGCCCAGCCUGGCGCCGACUACAAGACGCUUGACCUUUAG